AUGGGCAACGUACCCUCUCAGCCUGCCCAUCCACCGAGGGCAUUCCUCCCUCCCCCUCCCCCCAUUCCCACUCGCCCCGUCCACCUUGCUGCUACCAAGCGCAAGGCCCACCUUCCACUGAAGGGUGCUGGUUCGGCGGGAGACACGAAGCGCAUCAAGGUUUCCGAGGACGACGACGACGACGACGAUAUCCAGGACGUCACCGAGAUCCAGUCCCUCAAGGAAACCAUCGACAAGAAAACCCUAAAGAUCAAGAGACAAGCGGACGAGAUCACCCACUUCCAUGUGACGUUGAAGAAGCACAAGAAUGAAAAGAAGACCCUUAUCGACCGCCUUGAUCAACUGUCAACUACGCUCGAAGAGAAAAGUCUGCAGCUGGACCACGUUGCCAAGUUAAAAGAGUCAUUCCAGGCCGAGAACGUUCGCCUCAAGAAGGAGAUGGAGACGUUGAAGGCCGACCACGCUCGUCCCCAGCAGCAGCACGGCAAUGGCGUUGCUCUCAAGUCCAACAACGAGAACGUCCGUCCCCAGCAGCAGCAAACCAUGGGCGUUGCCAACAAGUUCAACAGCAUGAACGUUCGUCCCCAGCAACAGCACACCACUGGUGUUGCCCACAAGUCCAACAACAAGGCCUCUGAGAACGUUCGUCCCCAGCAGCAGACUGGGGCCAUGGCCGACCAGCCCCAGAACGUGUAG